CAUAUGGUACAUAAAGAUGUGUAGAACUCGAUGCUAUUGUAUUGUGGGAAUGCACUAAUAAAAAAAAAUUCAGUGACCAUUGUGUAAAUUAAAUAAUGUGAUAUUCUAUAAAAGAAUCUUUUGCGUAAGUCCUGAAGUGAAACCUUAGUUAUACAUGUAUUUGUCCAAUAUGGCCGAAGGAUUUUUGUAACAUUUAAUAUCGACUGUUAUGAGUUAAAUGACAUAUCAGGCCAAUUCAAUAUUCUAUAAUGUGAUAUUAGAACAGUAAGGGUUAUUAAAAGAAAUAGAUUAUGGCUUAUCGUAUUAAUCAACGACAAUAGGUCAAGGCCUAGCCAAUGGAUGGAUAAUAAAGUUCAAGUUCUGUGAACUUUAGCACAUUCAAUUAUAGGUUUAGCAAGUUAUGUCGGGGCAAACUAAUAAUGAUACUGUCCUAUCAGUCGAACAUGAGGAACGAAAGAAUGGAGAAUUUAAAAUAUCCAGACAUGUAACAAUUGUAUCUGCAGAUAAAGAGAAGUUAACGGAUAAAUGUGGUAUAGACAGGUUGAUUGAUGCUGACACUGUCCAAGACAAACAGCUUCAUCCGAACAAAAGACUUUCCAAUAAUAUUGAUUCAGCAUCAUUCGACCAAGACAAGAAGACGUCAUAUUUAGUAGAUGUUCCAACAAUAUUGAUAGACAAUGAUCUUCAAAACACGCUUGAGGUACGUUCAUCACGCAUUGUCAAAGACACUAAAGACAAUUGUUCACAUCGGCCACAACAUUGUGCACAAAGAAAUCCGUCGUUCUUAUCGAUGCGAGAAAAGAUGCAACCCACAUUGGUUCAAAAUGCAAUUGAUGGAUCAUCUGUAGAUCCAACACCUGAUAACACUGAAUCACAUGAUGACUUCGGAUUUACAAAUUUAGAAAACAAUGCGUCGUUUACCACAACAAAUCAAAGCACAGAGGAUAACAACAUUGCAUUACAUAUAAGUUGUGAGGAAUUAUCAGAAAUGAGUGGUUGUAUUGAAUGUGUCAAAGCAAUUCCUGUUUUCUCUGCAUACGAAAUUCAAGAAGGAGAUCAUAUCGUAUUUGCUGGUACAGUGUACGAUCACCAUGCAAUUGUACACUCUAAACUUCCUGGCAAACGGUUUGAAAUAAUAGAAGCAACAAAUACAAUAUUUGGAGUAGCAACAGGUGUCUUUCUUGGCAAAAAAGCUCUCAUUGGAAAAUCAACCAAAUUGUUUAACUUUGCAACACAAAAUCUUCGUGUCAUAGCUUACAGAGUAAGGCCGUUCACGCGGAAAGAAACUGCCGAACGAGCAAGAAAUUUUGUUGAAUGUGAUGGGACGAGUGAGAAUUACGAUUAUGACCUUUUCGAUAAUAAUUGCGAACAUUUUGCAACAUAUUGCGUUACAGGAAGAAAAUUCAGUAUUCAAGUAACAAAAUUCAGAUUAACCAGUAGUUUGUUUUGGAAAAGUGGUUUCAUUGGGAUAAGUGAUGAAUCGAUCAGGAAUGAAAAGCAAUAUGAACACGGAAUAAUAUGUAAACAGUGUUUUGAAAUCAACGAACAAUUAUUAAAUGUAAAUAUUAGGCCAAUAGAAAAGGCAGAAGAUGUUCAAAAGGGAAACAUCAUAAGGUACAGUUACUGGAACUUGUGGCAUGAUGCUGUCAUCUUGGACAUAAAAGAUGCCGACAAUUCUCAUGUUACAUGCUACAUUGCACAUUAUGCGUUCUGUGGCAUAUUUCGGCAUAGGACAAUUAAACGAGAGGAAUUGAGAGUCUAUUUUGAUGGCAGCUUUAAGAUAUUGGAAUAUGGUCCACCAGACUAUAAUGUUUACGACGUGGAGACUGUCAUUGAAAGGGCAUCGGGACGACUAGGUGAACAACAGUUUAUAUUCUUUUCUAAUGAUUCCAGUCAUUUCUCGCGUUGGUGUAAACUAAAACGGGAAAAAAGCAACAGUCGAGGACAGGUUGUAACAUUUAAAACCAUUCGAUAUUAAUGUUGUGAAAUUUCAUUUAAAUACACUUAUUCAUUGUUUGAACGACAUAUGUACGCAGAAUAGUUAUUUUUCAGAGAUAUUUAUACUGUGGAUUCGUUUAUUUUCGAGGGUACCAAUUAACGUACGUGGAUUGAGAUGAAAAAAUGUGUUUUCUCGGUUUAUCAAAAGUGUGCAUGCAAGCUUUCCGGAAAUUUUUACUUCGUUGAACACACACAUUCGUGGUUUCGUUUUUCUAAUGAGAUCCGCGAAAAUUGGUAAUCCACGAAUAGUACUUAACUUGCAGUAUAAUGUUUUGGGUUGAAUUAUUUUUCUGACUCACUCCAGUUUUUAACAUUAAUCAAUAUUCGGGUUUGGCUUUAUUUUGGUCGUUAUUUAGUACAUCAGCUAUUCAAUAGUCAAAUAAGUGUUUGAUUUUGAUACAUUAUGGCCUCAAGCAUCACUGAAGAGACCAUUAUUAUCUAAAUGUGUAUCUAGUGGAGUAACUAUUUACCGUUUAAGUGGUUCUGUUUAUCCCUAAGACAUGGAAACUAAUUUUUGUUGAUAUUUCCAUCUAUGUAAUCAUAAAUAUUCAUUGUUAUUACGCUGUUGUGAACAAUAUUGUCUGUUUGUCUCUGUUGUUUAGAUAAAAGGAAUUAUUCCAAAUCUUCUAAUUUUAAUAUUUCAAACAAAAUUUUCAACUGGUUGGUUCAAAAUAGAGUUGUUUAAACUUAGCCAUUCUUAAAUGUAAACUUUAAAGAAAUCAAUUCUCUGCUGAACAUGAAGUUUAAUUUCUUUUUUCCUGGUCCAUUUUAACAUCUUUUUCCCUGGUACAUUUUAACAAUUUACGGGGAAUGGAAGUGUAUCAUUCCUAACAGCGAUAGAAAAGUAGGAUUUUAAGGAUGUUCGCUCCUCUGUUUAAAAAUAACAAGCCUUUUCAAAGACUGUUAUAAAUUGAUAGUAUACAAAUAAUGGAGCUUAGAAAGCAGAAAAAAAUGAAAGGUCCGUGUUCAUGUUUUAGAGACAAGCAAUUGAAAAUGUGGCGGGAAAUGAUUCUCUCUAGAUUUUUCAUACAUUUAACAUUGGCUCCUAUUUUCUCUCAAAAACUAUGAAAAAAUAACAAGGAUUUUAUAAGAUUUUCAAAAAUUACUUUUGAAACUAUAUGCAAUAAAAUUAUGAAGAAAAGUAGGGAUAAGCGGGCAAAAUUUGUAUUGGCACAAUAUGGAUAAAACUAGAGGAUUCCGAAUAUCUGGCAAAAAGUCAAAAACAAGAGUAGCGAACAUCCUUAAAACAAUUUGGAAAAACUUAAGGAUGUAAUUAGGUGAAAUUAAAAAAAUCUAGAAUUUGAAAUUGAUACUAUAAGUCAGAAGAGCAUUAGUUUGGGAACAAAAUAUGGCUAAAAAUAUUGAUAGUUUAUGGAGCUCCUUUUCGAAAUAUUUUUUUUUUACAAAAUGGUGGGAAAAGGUUGACUCGGACUUUUAUUUGCAUUGGUAUUAUUUGGGUCUCAAUCGAAAGAAAAGAGUCCGAACAUCUGACAAAAAUUCAUAAACCUAAGAGGCAUUAAUUACUGCAAGCAACUCAAGAGAAUUUUGAGAAACAUUUCUUCGUGUUCGGGCUAUUCAUUCAAUCUAUUUGGAAAUAUUCUUAAUGUUAACAGUUGAUUAUUUCUCUUAUCGCGAAAGUUGCUUACUAAAUUGCUCGCGAAAACUUGUUGGUUUAGAGACUAUAUUGAGGCAUUAUAUUUAUUUCUUCAAUAUUUCUUCAAUAUUUUGAAAUGUUUUGUUUUAUAUAUAUUAACUUAGAUGUUUGAUGGCAACUGCAUUUUAUUGACAUUUUUCAUAAACUUCAUAUGCUUUUCAUCCUAUGACCGUCGUGGAAAGGGCCAUGGAAAGACUAUGCAAACAAUAAACAGUUGUCAUAUUUUUGAAAUUACCGAUAAAACACAAUAUAUAAGCUUUAGUAUAUCAGCGUAGUAUAGAAUUGAAAAAAAAGGUGAAUAUUAUUCAAACUUUAUCACAUUGUACAGCUGUUGUAGUUUAGAUCAUGCUUUUUCAAAUAUAUGAUAAAAGGUAUAGGUUACCAUGCUUUUUUACAAGCUGAAGGCUAGGGAAAAAAAUACAUAUUCUAUACGGAUAAUAUUUUGUGUUUUUUUAUUGGGGAAUUAUAUAGAAAGACUAUCAUUGCUCCCUUAAUUUACUCCAUAGAUGGUGAAAUAGUCAGACAGUAAUCGUAAAUCAAAAUAGUAAUACUUUAAAAUAUUGCGAUAGCAGAGGGCAUUGAAUAAAAAUCUCUCUUUUAUUAUUCUUGUAGAAAAAUAAAUAUUGAGAAUCAGAUAUAUUGUAUAAGUUGAAUAUCAAAUAGAACAUAUAAGAAUUAAUAUAUACCGAAACGUGCAUUUUUUUAAUAUUACCUAUAAUUGUUUAUUUAUAUGUGUACACACAGUACUUUCUAUAUUAUGUUAGGAUUUAAUUUAAUUGGUUUUUAUUUGCGGUAGUAUUAUGUUAUGGUGUUGUCUGUGCCUGCGUCUGAAGACAUUUUGGUUCGCAGACAAUAACUUGAGUAUAAGUUCAUGGAUCUCUAUAAAAUUUUAGCACAAGGUUCCAUACCACUAAAGGAUGGUUGGGAUUUAUUUUGGGUUUUUGUCGAGCCUGCGACUUUUGUCGCAGAAAGCUCGACAUAGGGAUAGUGAUCCGGCGGCGGCGGCGGCGGCGUUAGCUAACUUCUUAAAAGCUUUAUAUUUUAGAAGGUGGAAGACCUGGAUGCUUCAUACUUUGUAUAUGGAUGCCUCAUGUUACGAAGUUUCCGUCAGUCACAUGUCCAAUGUCCUUGACCUCAUUUUCAUGGUUCAGUGACUACUUGAAAAAAAAGUUAACAUUUUUUGUAAUG